CCACAGAGUUUGUCUGAGAUCACAACUCAGGCCUGGAACAACGCAUUUGGCCACCUGGGAACUAGAAAUUGUAAUUCUGAAGUAAUGGCUGAAGCAAUACCACUGCGAGAAAAGAAACAGAAAACUCUACCUCGGACAGAUGGGUGUGGUCUGAAUAACUUUGACGCUGUGGAUUUGUCUGGAGGGUUGAGGAUAGUCCUGGUGGGCAAGACUGGAUCAGGGAAGAGUGCGACAGGAAACACCAUCCUUGGGAGAGCUGCCUUUAAAGAGGACCCGAGCCCUGUGUCUGUGACCAAACACUGUGAGACACAGAGCGGGGAAGUGGACGGGACUGUGGUCCAGGUGAUUGACACUCCAGGUCUGUUUGAUACAGCCAUCACAGAGGAAGAAUUAAAAACCAGAAUAGAGGAGUGCGUCAAGAUGUCGGUGCCCGGCCCUCACGCCUUCCUGCUGGUGAUCAGGCUCGGAGUAAGGUUCACGGAGGAGGAAAGAAACGCUGUGAAGUGGAUCCAGGAUAACUUUGGAGACGAUGCCUCCAUGUACACUAUCAUGCUGUUUACGUGCAAAGAUCAGGCCAAAGCUGACAAUGCUCUGAAGGAGUGCAAGGAGCUGCGGAGACUCUCUAUAACAUUUGGACGCAGGUACCAUGCCUUCAACAACAACGACGCCGAGGACCGAGUACAGGUCAAGGAGCUGAUCACCAUGAUCAAGGAAAUGAUACAGGAUAACGGGGGGAAACACUACACCAAUGAGAUGUACGAGAAAGCCCAGAGGAGGCUGAGAGAGGAGGAGGAGCGGAAGAAACAAGAGGAGGAAGAGAAGAAAGAGGAGGAGAGGAAGAUGUGGGAUGCCGAGAGGGAGAAGAAAGAGAAAGAGAGAGAAAAGGAGAAAAAGGUGAAAAGAAAGACUAUACGCGUCAUGUCGGCCGCUGCUGUUGUGUUGGUGAUAGCUGGGGUGGUUAUAGCAGUGGGAGCCAACACCACGGUGGCUUUGGCCCUCGGAGGUCCGGCACUCGUCCUGGGAGUGCUGUGUGGUCUAGCUACCUUCGUCAUGUGGAGGGGUAUAAGAUGCAAAGCCAAAGCAAAUGUUCCCGUAUAACUAGGGUUUAGUGACCAGGACAUGUUGAUCCAUCUGCAGCAUGUGACACUAAUCAGUAGAAGUAUUGCACACGUUACUAUUUACUGUUAGGGACUUAUUAGUGAAUGAGCUUGUCUUGGCCUUUUCUGCAUUCUGCUUCCAGAAUUAUUAAGUUUUGACACGACAUUGCAAUAACAAAAGUAUGUGAAUUGAAUGAAAACAGUAAACAAACGGUAUGAAAUGCAGUACUUGUUUUCUUUUUGUUUUUCUUUCUUUCUCAUUUAUUGU